CUAACUGGUGAGCCUGUGGGAGAAGUCAGAACCGUAUCAGAUAUGCACGAGAGAAAAGCUGAGAUGGCUCGUGAAGCUGAUGCUUUCAUUGCUUUGCCUGGUGGAUAUGGUACACUCGAGGAACUGCUCGAGGUCAUUACAUGGUAUCAGCUUGGGAUUCACAAGAAGCCAGUUGGUCUCCUGAAUGUUGAUGGCUUUUACAAUUCACUGUUGUCUUUUGUUGAUAUGGCUGUCGAUGAAGGGUUUAUACCCCAAAGUGCUCGCAGCAUCAUCAUUUCGGCCCCAUCUGUAAAGGAGUUGAUCGGGAAGUUGGAGGUGAUGAUCAACAGAUCUUUCUGCAAAAUAUUUGGUGCUGGGCAAUGUCCAUGUUGUACUUAAGCGGAUUGCAAGCCGGAGUAUGAAGCGGACCUUGUUUGGGAGACCGAGCAGAGGCCAGAGAAAAAACCACGCUUGGCUUGGGAUGCUGAGCAGAAGUCUUUGAAUUUUGUGCCUAAACCAGAGCCCGGUUUAGCUACAUGAUGGUUCAGCCUGACCACGACCUUUUGGCUUAUACCGCUCUAACGAGGCACUGCUACUCCUUGCAGGCAGAUCAAACGUUUGAAUGAAAGCUAGGGUUCGGUGUCCAGACCAAUCAGUGGACCUUUUCGGCCUCAUAAAUUUAGUGAAUAACAUUACUUGGACGAUUAAGAACACUUGUUAUGCUAAUAAAUAUAUGUAGUAGUUUCAAGCGAUUCUGUGUCAAGAGAAUAUUUAUGUGCAGGCUGCAUGGAAAUGCUGCCAUUCUGCUGUGUGGAAAUGUUGACUAGGUUUUUGUUCUUCAAUAAAAAGAGGAGCACUUAGACUUCUCGAACUUGAAUA